CGGUAUCUGUACCUGCAUCACAUUCGCAUAAUAUGGACUCAAAAGUCACUGGUACCCGGUGCCUACCUACUUAGGUACUCUUCUUUCAAGUGAGAAUGGAAACUUGUAUCUGGGCAAACGCCGCAACCGGGAAAGCUAUUUUUCCGCAAGAAUGCCGCCCUGCUUACCCCGGUCAACAAAAUAUAAUGUGAUUCAUCCAGGGGCUUGUGUUUCCAAUCCGUUUCGUCGCCUCAGCCACUUCCACCCUUUUUCUACAACAAGAAACGAGUAAGCCCCUGAUUGUCCAACUCCAGCCUCACCGGACAAUUUGCGCGGCAAGCUACGCUCCUUGGCUUGUCAAGGUCCACGCCUCCCUGCCAGCAUUACCCUUCCUCACCCGGAUGUCAAACGUGACGAGUCUCGAACGCUUCCCCAGCCAAGGGAAGGCAUGCCAGAAUACUCAGCCUCGAGCUCCUGGCUUGCUCCUGACCUUGUGAUAGAACCAGAUGCUCAAACGUCUUUCGUAUGGCUAACAUGAACAGAUAUAUUGUUCUGGACUCCUUAACCCCUUGAUCCAGCACAUACCAUAGGAUAUAUAAGCUGACAUGAUUGCUGAUGGAGGGAAUCUUCGGUACACUCCAUUCUCACAUUCUCAUCAACCGAACUAUAGGAAGCUGGACUCCAUUCUACUUGUCUUUUUGUCUCUUUUCUUGAUACCCAAGUUAUAACGUCCUGUUUCCUACCCGUUGCAUACUCCUCACACCAACUUACAUUCUUCACCCAAAUAUAACCAUGCAUUCAAUAUUCUCCUCCACAAGCCUUGUGCUCUCCGUGCUGGCCACGUCUGUCCUCGGCUCUCCACAAUAUGGAGAUUCAGGCUCCGACUCGUCCAUGACAGCCACCGCCUCUUCCUCCGCUUCCUCCUCAGGCUCCUCUUCCUCAUCCUCAUCAUCCGGGAUUCAUUCGGUCAUGGUUGGUCCAGGCCUGAAGUUCACACCCGACACUGUCACGGCUGCCAAAGGCGAUUGGAUCGAAUUCACCUUUGGGUCCGGUCACUCCGUCGCACAAAGCACAUUCGACAAGCCUUGUGUGCCCCUGAGCAAUGGUGCCGGGGUCUACUCGGGCUUCCCCAAUGACGGCGACCUCUGGCGCAUUCAAGUCAACAGUACCGAUCCUCUUUGGCUCUACUGCUCGGCCAAAGGCCAUUGCGAAGGUGGAAUGGCUAUGGUCGUGAACCAGCCGAACAAUGCAAAGACUCUCGACGCAUACAAGACUGCAGCCAAGAACGCGCAAGGCUCAUCUCCAAGUAUCGUGCAAGGAGGUGUCUUUGGCGCCGCUAGCAAUAGCACCAGUGGCAGCAGCGGUAGCAGCAGCAGUGGGUCUUCAGGCAGCGGCAGCAGCGCAACUGGGUCGGGUUCCAGCUCAGGAAGCGCCACUGCCACCGCGUCGGGCGCCAGCUCAUCCACAUCUGGGAACAGCGCCGACUCUAAUGUUGUCAAGAAUGGUUUGCUGUUUGCUGGUGCUGUGGCCGCCGGUGUUGCUGCCGUCUUGUAGAUGGCAACUGGAGGGGACUCAAUAGUGUUUGGUUCAUGAUUGGAGACGGUACACCGGUUCGCAGCAUUGAAUACGUACCUUCCAUAUGCAGUCGAGGACAAUGAAACGCCAUGUCACAUCUAGUACCUUUCUUG